AUGCCUGAAUCCCAAGAUUAUUUUAACACCCUACAAUUGAUUCAUAGAUUUAUAAAAUGGGAAUACAAGGCAGACUCGGUCAACGUUGCCAUCCAAGACGGACCGGAGGCUGGCCAGUCCGUACCCCAUUUGCACACGCAUGUUAUACCACGUUAUAAAUUAAACAAUGUUGGAGAUUUGAUAUACGAUAAAUUAGAUCAUUGGGAUGGCAAUGGUGCCUUGGCCAAUUGGCAAGCAAGAAGGGAUGGAUAUUUAGGGGUUGGUGGCAGACAGGCAAGGAAAAGCAAGUCUGUUCAAGCCCUCCCAGACGGUAAUGAACCCUUGCAAGGCCCCAAUGUGUUGAAGCCAGACAGUCAAAGGAAAGAGAGAGUUUUGGGUGAAAUGAAAAAAGAAGUCCAGGAUCUUCAAAGCGCGCUAGAAGAGUUCGUGGCUGCCAAUCCUGACUUAAAGCAAUGGCUAUAG